AACCAUGCCAACUUCACUUCACCUGACCUCAUCCCCGCACUUUCCACCAGCAAAGACACAUACGCUUUGUUGCACAAUGUCGGCGCCCAGACCGGAACCUGCUGAGAAGCAGUGGGUCACCAUCAAGACCACUCUUCCGACCAUCCCGUACCCUCCCCCAGAGUCGCGUCCGCCCAUCAUCACCUCGCGACUCCUCAUCCGGCCACUCGCGGCCACGGACCUGCACGCCCUGCACGCCCUUGAGACGCAGCCCCAAGUGGUGCAAUGGUCCAGCCGCGGCGUCCCCAACGCCAGCAUCGAGGCUACCCGCAGGGUGCUCCGCGAUAAGCUCGCGGACGACCUGGCCACGUACGAGGUGGCCAUCUGCCUGCGGGAGUCGCCCGGGGAGAUGAUUGGCAUAGGGGGAUCGCAUCGCCGCGUCGGUAACCUCGGCUGGCCGGUGCUCAGCUAUGCGCUGCGGUUCGAGCAUUGGGGGAGGGGCUACGCGACGGAGUUCCUGCAGGCGUUUUUGUCCCGGUGGUGGGCGCUGCCGAGGGACGAGGUGGAGUUGCGCGUCGAGGCCAGCACCGUCGGUAGAAGCGGCGACAGCGACGUCAAGGAUGAGUGUGUGACGUCCGUGACGACGGAGCGAAACGUCGCCAGUCAGAGGGUCAUGAUCAAGAGCGGCAUGAGCCUGGCCAAAGUGUGGAGCGAAAAGGACUUGGCCAGGCCCGACGAGGACGCAUCCAUCACAAUGCUGGGGUUCACGGCGACGAAGCCCGCAGAAUGAGAUGAGAUGCAACCCAACAAGUCGACGACAAGACGUUCAAAAAUUCAAGCUAUGCGCCGACCACGCUCUAUAAAAGCACGCAAACCUUCUAUCCCGCCUCUCCCCAGUGCGGCCCCUGACGCCUUGCAAAAAAUCGCUCACCUCUCGCACGCAGCCUCCUCCUGCGACCCAGCAGAGUACACAUGCAGAUAACCCCCGCGGCGACUACAGCUCCUUGUCCAGAACGGUAAAGUAAAGGUCAUCCCGCAGCGCCUUGCCGUUGACGAGGUGCGCGUACGGGAACGGCAUCGUCCUGUCCGUCUUGCGGUACCCCCUCCGGACGUACCACGCGAUGAGCUCCUCGCGCGGCCAGAUGACGCACAUCUCGAUGCAGCGCACGCCCCAGGCCGUCCGGGCGUAGUCCUCGGCGUGCGCCAGGAUGCUGCGCCCGAGCCCGCCGGCCUGGCGCGUCGGGUCCACGGCGAAGAGCCCAAAGUAGGCGAGGUCGCGGUCCUUUUGGAGGAGCUCGCAGCAGCCGGCGAGGGUGCCGUCGCUGGCGUCGUGCGCGACGAGGACGACGCCCGACGGGUGGUUGAUCUUGGCGAGCAUGCCGUCCGUGUCGAUGCGCUCGUCGGCCACGAGGUCCGCCUCGGUGGUCCAGCCCGCGCGGGAGGCGUCGCCGCGGUAGGCGGAGCGCACGAGGGCGAGCACCGCGGCGGCGUCUUCGGCGGUGGCGGCUCGGAAGACGAGCGGCGUGACGGCCAUGGUGG